CCCCUUUCGACUUAUUGUUUCUGGUAUGUACAGACAGACCUCCCUACGUUUUCGUCCUUUGCUGCUCGUCACUUAUCCACUGCGGGCGGUUUUCGGCGGCUUGACGAAUUGGGUUCCAUCGAUUAUUUGACCUGCUCUGCGCAACCGGGAAGCUUACCGUUUCACACCAUAGUUCACUUUCCAAAUCCCACAAAGCUUUGAUAAUUCCAGCUCCUCGAAGCUCCCUCUAUUAUUACAAGAUGGCUACUCAUAACAUUGUUGUGUUCGGUGGUGACCACUGCGGUCCCGAGGUUGUUCUCGAGGCCAUCAAGGUCCUCAAGGCCAUCGAGACCAACAGCCCUUCGGCUGGCAAGUUCAACCUCCAGAACCACCUCCUUGGCGGUGCCUCCAUUGACAAACACAAUGACCCCCUCACCGAUGAGGCCCUCAACGCCGCCAAGGCUGCCGAUGCCGUCCUUCUCGGUGCCAUUGGCGGUCCCGAAUGGGGCACCUCCUCCACCGUCCGCCCCGAGCAAGGUCUCCUGAAGCUCCGCAAGGAGCUCGGCACCUAUGGCAACCUUCGCCCUUGCAACUUUGCUUCCGAGUCCCUCGUCGACAGCUCUCCCCUCAAGGCCGAGGUCUGCCGCGGCACUGACUUCAUUGUCGUCCGUGAGCUUACCGGUGGUAUCUACUUUGGUGACCGCACCGAGGAUGACGGCUCCGGCUACGCCUGCGACACCGAGCCCUACAGCCGCGCCGAGAUCGAGCGCAUCGCCAGACUCGCCGGCUUCCUCGCCCUGGCCAAGAACCCUCCCGCCAAGGUCUGGUCUCUGGACAAGGCCAACGUGCUCGCCACCAGCCGCCUCUGGCGCAAGACUGUGACCGACGUCAUCAGCAAGGAGUUCCCCCAGCUUCAGCUCGAGCACCAGCUCAUCGACAGCGCCGCCAUGCUGCUCGUCAAGAACCCCCGUGCCCUCAACGGCGUCGUCAUCACCAGCAACCUCUUUGGCGACAUCAUCUCGGACGAGGCCUCGGUCAUCCCCGGCUCCAUCGGCCUGCUCCCUUCCGCCAGCUUGGGCGGAAUCCCCGACGGCAAGGGCAAGUGCAACGGCAUUUACGAGCCCAUCCACGGCUCCGCUCCCGAUAUUUCGGGUAAGGGUAUCGUCAACCCCGUUGGUACCAUUCUCUCUGUCGCCAUGAUGCUCCGCUACUCGCUCAACCUCCCCAAGGAGGCCGAUGCCGUUGAGGCUGCUGUCAAGGCUGCCAUUGACAACGGUACCAAGACCAAGGACCUGGGCGGUAACGCUACCACUUCGGAUAUGGGUAGCGCUGUAGUUGCUGAGUUGGAGAAGAUCCUUAAGGCUUCAAUUUAGUAUCUCGGGCUGAACGGGAGGGGGCGAUGCAAACAAUGCUCUUUGCGCUGUAUUCAUACGUAGGAGUUAAGGAGGCAUAUGAGGGAUCAAAAAGGUAUAUGGAAAAUUCAUCCCUAAAAGGGAGUUACGUGCAUAUGUUGGAAAACUUGAUACGGGAAGGGUAGAAGAAAGGGACUUGGUCAUGUCCAUUGAACCUGGACCCGGCCCCCUUCUUAUGAAUAUACAAUAACGAGAUACCAAAGCAAUGGAUGCUAUGUUGAGUUCAAAGCAUGGAUUCUCCACACCGCAAUGGUGUAGCCGCAUUGAAGGGUGUCUAUGGCCCUAUGGCAAUCACAUCAUAAAAGCAACUUCGCCCAGACGAUCUAGAUCUUAAAGCAAACAAACAGUGGGGCGACGCAGUCGGUCGAUUGCGGAAUCGCGCGAUGUGGUGGGACCUGGAAAUGGUUGGCGCCCGCACGGCAGAUCU